CCAACAAUUAUAUCCAUCCAUAUGUGAUACGACUGUGCGUCUGUAACCAAUUCGUUUCGUAGCUACAGACACCUUCGCCAGGGUGCAGGUAUCCGCGGCUUCCACAUCGCUGAAUUAACAAAUAUGUUUGCAUCCCCUGGUCCACUAUCUGUCGGCGACCUGAGCCGCCAAUCCGCUCCUGCAGGUCCGGCUGGGGGUGCAGGUUUUGCUGGCUCUGGUCUGCAGCAACAGCAGCAGCACCAACAGCAACAGCAACCAGGGACUUUUCAUCCAUUUCAACCGCAUGCGCCGCAUCAGCAGCAACAGGUGCAGCAAUAUGGACAGCCGCAACAUCAGCAACAACCCCAGCCUUUUCCCGGCCAAUCACCAAUGGCGCAACAAAAUGUGGGAUAUGGACUUGCACCAUCUACGUCCGCUUAUGCCGGUGCUGGAUCUUUGUUCGGUAUGAACAACAGUAAUGCUGGCUACAGCGGCUUUGCAGGAGGGGGACCUAUGGGCGGGCAGCAAGGUGCGAUUGGCGCGGCAGGGCCUUCCGGCGCAAAUACAGAGUAUCUUCCGGGCUACCUCAGCAAGCUUAAGGAGGCCAGACCUUACUCUUCGCCGCUGCACGCCUCGAGACCCUCGGCGUCGCCUCCUCGCAGCAAGGACCCGGAGUCAGGCGCUGGACCAUCGACACCAUUCGGAUCUGACCGCAUUCGCUCGUCACGCGCUGAUAUUGGCGCUGGCUCAGGCGUGGGUGGCACAAGCAGCUCGCCCAACCAGCGUUUCUCAUCGGCCUUCUUUACGUCGGGCUCGCCGGCAGAUGCCGCGGGGGUCGGCUCGCUCGAUGACAGUGCAUUUGGCGCAGGCAAGAGUGUGUUUGGUCCCUCCGGUCUUCGAUCGAAAGGAAGAGCACCAUCGGGUAGGCACAGCGUCUCAUUCGGUCGCUCCCCGUCCCUCAGUCGCGGCUUGCGGCUGUCCAAAUCUCCGCCUGCUGCAUCGAUAUGCGCUUCAGCUGGCGCCGCUGCGGGUGCAGGCGCAGGCAUGGAUGAAGAAGAUUACGCCCCUCCGAUUGAGUCGCUUGCGCAGGACAACGAGAUGAGCGACUCGUCGUUCGCAGCGCAGCGCUCGAUGGCACGGGAUGAAUCAGGCUUUCUUGGUCGAGCGAGCGGUGCGCCCGCCAAAACCGCUGCACCUGAAGCUGGCGCUUCUCACAACUUGCGCGGAUCUUCCCAUCAAACCUCAGCAGCUGCUGAUAACCCAUCGUUGCGGACGAUCCUCGUCUUUGGCUUCCCGCGUGCUUUAGAAGCCGUGAUUACCGAGCAUUUCUCCACCUUGGGCUUGGUGCAAAGCACGGAUUGGGUCACGCUCAGUGCGGUAAGCACGACAGACGGCUGCCUGGAGAUUGUCUAUAAGGACCCGUGGGCUGCACUCAGGGCAAUCAGGCGCAAUGGCGAGAUUUUUGCAGGGAUCGCGAUGGUGGGUGUGCGUUGGAAGGACGACGGCCUGCAGCGUGAGAUGAUUGUCGGUGGGCUGAGCUCAGGUGCCUUCACCAAAGGCACGGGCGCCUCUCCGAAUGGGACACCCUCCGCCUCGACGGCGGCUCACGCCGCAGCUGCAGGCCCAGGCAGCAGCACAUCAGCGGGUGCGAAUGGCAUAGCUCCUACCCAGCGGACAAGCACGCUGAGCGGUGGCACUGGCACACCACGAACGCAUAUCGGCAGACCGAUCUCUGUCAUCGGCUCUAAGAACGCCGUCUUCGCGUCCAGUCCCUCAGCCUCCGGUGGCGCAAGGGGAAGUGGCAGUGGGAGCAAUGGCAACCCUUUAACCCAGCUGCGCAAUGCUGCUUUCGGCGGCACAUCAGCUGGUACCAGCUCAGUUGGGCCGACGGCGGCCAGCUCGCUUUUCGCACAGCGGCCUGCGGGCAAUGAGGGAGCCUCUGGCGGAUCGGCUAAGGGUCAACAACCAGGGAGCGGCUUGCUGGGAAGGAUCAACGAUGCUGUAUUUGGUUGGUAGAAUACACUCAGGUGCUUGCAGAAUGCAUCACAGAGGGCAAAAUGGUACGCUAAUUCGGCGGCUGGACUUGAUUCUUUUUGC